UUGUAUCGGGUUACCUCCUUCAAUUCUCAACGAAACCCGUCGUCAAAGUGGGUUUCCGGCAGAGAUCAUAUAUCUUCUAGGGUGUCCACCUUUGAAAUUCAAUCUCCAAUUGAGCAUCACAAACCCUAGAAAAUCGUUCCAGAUGAAUACAAAAUCGCUCCAAAUCCUGGUGCACUCACCGGACCUCGGAAUUUCCCUUCAAUCCACAACCAACCACGAAACCCUUUCCGAUCUCAAAAACUCUCUUUUCCCUCAAUCACACCAAUCCUUCUACUUCACCUUCAAUGGCAAACCCCUCCCCGACAAAACCCCUCUUUCCCAAUUCCCCCCUCUCUCCACCCUCUCUCUCCGCUCCCGCCUCCUUGGCGGCGGCGGAGACGGCGGCGCCACCGGAGCCGAGUCCCGCGACUGCUACCUCAACAUGUACGCCGACAAGAAGCCCGACAAGGUGGACCCCAAUGAACAGCGUCUCUCCAAGUGGCACAAUUGCGCCCUCUCCAACGAACCCUUGAGAGAGCCCUGCGUGAUCGAUAAAUUGGGGAAUAUCUUCAACAAGGAAGCGCUGGUGGAAGCGUUGUUGGGGAAGAAGCUUCCCAAGGAAUUUGGGCACAUCAAGGGUUUGAAGGAUAUGAUUAAUGUUCAGCUUUCUGCGAUUCCUGGAGCGGAUGAUGGGGCAAAGUUUCAGUGCCCUGUUGCGGGGCUUGAAUUCAACGGGAAGUAUAGGUUUUUCGCGCUGAGGAAUUGUGGGCAUGUUUUGAGUGCGAAGGCUCUGAGGGAGGUUAAGUCUUCGUCGUGUUUGGUUUGUCACAAGGAGUAUGCUGACGUGGAUAAGGUUGUGCUCAAUGGGAGUGAUGAGGAGGUUGCGGUUUUGAGGGAGAGGAUGGAGGAGGAGAAAGCUAAGAUUAGGGAGAAGAAGAGUAAGAAGGUUAAGAAUAAUGGUAAUGAUGACGGUGUGAGUUUGGAAGGGACUAGGUUGAGUGGUACUAAGCAUGGUGUUGAUGGUAAGGGUGUAGAGAAAGCUUCGGCUAAGGUGGAACGAAAUGGGAAGGUUGGUAAUGGUAAUGUUGGUUUGAAUGGUGGUGCUGCUGCUGCUGCCAAGCGUUUCAAGGCUGUUGAUCUGGCCCCGGCGAAUGCUACAAAGGAUGUGUAUGCUUCCAUCUUCACUUCGUCGAGGAAGUCUGAGUUUAAAGAAACUUAUAGCUGUAGGUCUCUUCCUCUUGGAAGAAACUGAUUCAGGUGUCUGGUUGUGCAUUAUGAUAUAGACUAUGUUUAAGUGAGAGAUAUCGUCUAAGUCGGGGGCUGAAGGUUCGAACAUGUGACAUUCACAUUCAGGGUAAUUAGUUUUGUUUCUCAUGUAUGAGUAGGUCAGCGAUGUCCAUGGUCCAUAGAGUAUUGCACUAGCAUUACCCUUUGUAGAUGAGGAAUGUAAAGAAAGCGCUUGGAAGAUGAUAUUAUAGAGUGCUUAUUUAAGCUUUAUGAAAAUAAUUUAGGACUACUAUAAAUUCUUUUUAGCUUAUUUCAACAAGCAUCUUAUUGUAGUUUAUUGAAAUAAACUAUUUUUACCUUAUUCCAAUAGGUUUCAUGCUUAAAUAUAUGUUAUAAAUUCUCAUGUUA